UCAUGAAAGCUCCCCAUAAAACCAAUUCGAAAACGCAAAUUUAGAAGAAAAAGAGAGUGAUUAUGGCAAGCGGGUGGAUCAAAUCUUUGCAAUGUAAAUCCAGAGCAUUUGAAGAUGUUCAUCACCCAAACCCCAAGCGUUUGAUAUCCACUUCCAGCUGUAGAUCGCGUUCUCAGACCAUCAAAGACGUUAUCAGACCCGGACCCGGUUUAAGUAAUCCUCCGCCGCGGCCUCGCCGGAGAAGCUCUACCCGAACGCUGACCGAGUUACCCGAGGGUGAUCCUUCGAGGAAUGUCGUGGAGAUUAUCUUCCAUACGAGUUGGAGUCCCGAUGCUUUCACUGGUCGCGUCGAGAAGGUUUUCAAGGUUCAGAGUUGUCCGAGGACGGUGACGCGGUUCGAGGAGUACCGGGAGACCGUCAAGGAUCGGUCCGGGUCGGGUUCGGGUGAAGAGGAGGACACGAGGUGCGUGGCAGACGGGAACGAGGUCAUGCGCUUCCGUUGUUUGGGUACCACUUCGGGGGACUGCGGGAUGAACGACGCGUGGGUGUUUCCCGGCUGGAAGGAUGCGGCAGUUUGCACGCACGCCGGGAGCGGCGGGGCGCACGGGAGCGCGGGACGUGGGAGGGGGAGGAGGGCGAUGUUGGUUUGCCGGGUUAUUGCUGGUCGAGUGUCGAAGCGGAUGGGGUUCGGGUACGAAUCGUUGAUGGAUGGGCGAGCUGGGUAUGACUCGGUGAGUGGGGACAACGGCGAGCUGCUUGUGUUUGAUCCACGUGCGGUGUUGCCUUGCUUUCUUAUUAUGUACAAAUUGUAAAAAUAUAUUUAUUUAUUUAUUUAUUUAUCUGGUUAAUGCUUUUUUUAUAUUUUGAAUUGUAAAAAAUAUAUGUUUCG